GGCGGGGCGGAGGGGGACCCCGCGGGACCGGCGGAAGGAGGCAGGGGCCGCGCUCUGCGCCCUGGCCAGGCCACGGGGCCACGGGGCCACAGGGUUAAGCCGGAGCCAAACCGGAGCCGGGCCGGGCAAGGCGGGCAGAGCAGCUCGCCUGGCUCCCAUGAUGAGUGCUGAGCUCAAUGUGCCUGUGGACCCCUCCACCCCCGCCUGCCCUGAGCCUGGCCACAAGGGCAUGGAUUACCGGGACUGGGUCCGCCGCAGCUACCUAGAGCUGGUCACCUCCAACCACCACUCCGUGCAGGCCCUCUCCUGGAGGAAGCUCUACCUGAGCAGGGCCAAACUGAAAGCCUCCAGCCGCACCUCUGCUCUCCUCUCAGGCUUUGCCAUGGUGGCCAUGGUGGAGGUGCAGCUGGAGACGCAGUACCAGUACCCACCGCCCCUGCUCAUCGCCUUCAGUGCCUGCACCACGGUGCUGGUGGCCGUGCACCUCUUCGCCCUGCUCAUCAGCACGUGCAUCCUGCCCAACGUGGAGGCCGUGAGCAACAUCCACAACCUCAACUCCAUCAGCGAGUCGCCGCAUGAGCGUAUGCACCCCUACAUUGAGCUGGCCUGGGGCUUCUCCACCGUACUCGGCAUCCUGCUCUUCCUGGCCGAGGUCGUGCUGCUCUGCUGGAUCAAGUUCCUGCCUGUGGAUGCACGCCAUCAGCCGGGCCCUGCACCCGGCCCCGGUGGCCACACAGGCUGGCAGGCCGCCCUCGUGUCCACCAUCAUCAUGGUGCCCGUGGGUCUCAUCUUCGUGGUCUUCACCAUCCACUUCUACCGCUCGCUGGUGCGCCACAAGACCGAGCGGCACAACCGCGAGAUCGAGGAGCUGCACAAGCUCAAGGUGCAGCUGGAUGGGCACGAGCGCAGCCUGCAGGUCGUCUAAGGGCGCGACUCCCCUGGGGGCUGGGAGCCAGCAGAAACAGCCUGCUUUUGAGGGAAUUUUAAAAACGUAAAUUGCCAUGAGGCUGCCUAGACACUGCCAGAUAGUUCAACACCAAAGUUUUACUCCUGUCUUAAUGCCGUAAAACCUGGCUCAUUUCCCCUCAGAAAAUGGAAAUCCUUAAACGAGA